AUGAGCGUUCGACCUCACCAGAGUCAGCCUCAGGAAGAAGUAGCCAAGGAGAACGUAGAAAAGAACAAAGAGGAAGAACCAGCGAAACCUGAUUCCCCAACGCAGGAGGAUCAGAAAGAUGAGGCCAAAGAUGACCGAAAGAGGAAAACGAGGAAGGAAACUGAGAACAAAGACGAGAAGAAACUGGCUCCAAGAGCUAAGAAAGCCCGAUCGACCAGACCACAGGAAGAGCCUGAGUACUUGGAGGAGAAGCGUAAUCUGCAAGAUUUGUGGAAGACUGCAUCUCCAGUGGGAUUUGAG